AUGGCGGAUCCCUCUCCAGCUGCGAUUGAGUCCAAAGACUCCAACGUGGAGUCUCCAACUCCAGCUGUCGAAGCUGCUCCCACGACUUUACAGCCAGAUCAGACAAAGCCUACACCCGAGAAACUCGAAGGCCCGUCUCACAUGCAUCCCAAGCUUCCCGACGUCGAAGCAGCAACAUUUCCCUCGAUCGAUAUGAGAAUUGGCACGAUAACCUCAGCCAAGCCGAACAAAAAGGCUCGCAUGCCAGCCUAUGUUCUGAAGAUCGACUUUGGGCCCGUCAUCGGAGUGAAGACGUCCUCCGCGCAGAUUACGCAAAACUACAGCACGGAAGGCCUCGUUGGACGCCAAAUUGUUGCGGCUGUUAAUUUGGGUGUUCGAAGAAUUGGAGGUGUGAAGAGUGAGGUCCUGGUGCUUGGGGUCGAUAAGCUGGGAGAUGGUGUUAUAUCAUUACUAGGCGUUGAUGGAAGUACCCCGAACGGCACACGUAUCUCCUGA